AUGACAACUCAGCCUGUUAUUGGGGAUGAUUUUUGCUCACCAAUAGUAUCGGCUUUGUACCACAACUCAAAAGAGAAAAUAAAGAACUCUGAAUGUCACUCCAACAGUAGCACUUAUUAUGAGAAUUUGGGUCCUGAAAAUCAUGAAUAUCGCUUGUUCAAAUAUCCGAGCAACUUGAUACAAAAUUCGAUCACUAUUCCAUCACCAAUAUCUGACAUUAUAGUUCGUCAUAGCGAAGCAACGGCACUGGCUUUUUUAAACACCCCAUCAAUAGUCUGUAUGAAAACCACAGAGUCUUUGGCGGAUCCUCAAGAUUUCAUGGACAAAACAAGAAAUCCUUCUUUAUAUUCUAGAAAUAUGUUCUGCUAUAUUAAAAAUAAUAUAACAGCUAAUUCAAGGGUGUCAGAUUCAACCGCUAGCCCAAAUUCCAUCAAUAUUACUUAUUUUCCUAAUAUGAAUUCAGCUUCACAAAAAAUGGCUUUAAGGAGGGAAAAAAUAAUCGAGGAAUUAUUGAAAACAGAACUGUCAUACAUUGAAUUCUUGAAGCUAUUAUCCGAGACAUAUACUGGGGUUAUUGAAGGCAGUAAUUUGGGAAAGCUUUCAGGCAUCCCCUUGAUUGACUGUAUCGAGAGACUCAUUUGUGAACACAGAAAGUUCUUAUUUGAGCUUCAAAGAUUCCAAUCCAGCUCACCACUCACAGGCUCAGCAUCGCCUAAUAAUUCAAAAACCCUUCAUUCAACCAGUGAUGAAGUUACUUCUUCAAUGCUUUCCUACGGUGCGGCAAUUCAUGUGUCUAGGAUGAUAGCAGAUAAGGCAAUUAACCUAUUCUUCUACGAAGAAUAUUUUUCAACAAUAAAGUUAGCUUCUCAAUUAUUAAAAAAAUUGAAUAGUACGGAAUUUCAUUUAUGCAAAGGCUAUGAAAAAUAUUUGGAAGCAGUGCAGCCAAGAGACGAAAAACUUGAUUUAUCUUUACUAUCGCUUUUGCAGAAACCUGUAACCAGAGUUGGUAAAUAUAGGUUAUUGGUUGAAAGUCUAUUGGAAACAAUACCGGAAAAUGAUGAAUCUAUCCCACUUGUGGAAUUUGAAUUAGAGAGAAUAAAAUCUAAAUUAAACAUUAUGAAUAACUUUAACGAUGAUUUAGAAAAGACAGAUAUAACCAAAACACUAUUUUCUAGAAUUUUUUUUGAAGUGGAUCAAUGGUCAUUUCCAGUCGAGUGUUUUGGCUUGCCAUUAUUGUGCGGAGCGUUAGGAUGUGUUUGGAGACAGAUGUCAGGUAAAUUGGUAAGCCAAAUUAAUGGAAUAUUUCUUUUCAAGUCUACUUUAAUUGUGUGUGAUAUUGUGAAGGAAGAAAAAUAUAUUGUGAAGUUUGUGAUUCCUUUAUGUUGUUGCAAAGUUCAGGAUAAUGAGGCAACUGAAGGAUUAUACUCCACCAAUAUAGGCUCCUUCAAGUUGUUGUUUGAACAUAAUUAUGGAUUAUAUGAGAUUUCAUUAUUAGGGCUUUUGAAAAAUGAGAUUGGAAUCUGGAAGAAUAAGCUAGAAAUGUUGACAAAAGUGCUCUAUGGGCCUUACGAGUUUGAUUAUUCGGUUUCUUUAUCAGAAAAUACCGUCAAAAAAAUGUCUUUAAUUCCCAACAGAAUCUCUCCUGUCGAUAUUUCAUUGAACAGAUUCAAUGAUAGUGAUUAUAAUUUUUCAGAUUGUUAUUUUGGUGAAUUGGUAGCAUUUAGAGCAGAAUUUAUUACUACCGAUGACUGCAAUUCAAGCAUGAUUAAUGAUGAAUAUGAAGAGGAUGUCGGAAUUGUUGAGUGCUCGGCAAAAAUUGAAUUUAAAGAACAAAAUAGAUCUACAAUUGAGGACAAGUUAAAGGAAGUGUGGAGUAUGGAACUACCCAAGCUCACAAAGAUUAAAAAAACUAAUAGUUUCAUCACGAUGUGGGGACAUGGAGAAAGGAAGAAAAGAAGAAGCUUUAAUUGCUUUAGAUCUGGCACCAUCAAAAUUUCCACAACAAUCAAAAGAGUAGCAACCGCCACUAACCAGCAGCAAACAUUGAAAAAAACAUACUGA